AUGCGGCGUCUUGCGGAGUGGCGCAGUGUUGUCCUUGGACUGGCUGGCUGCACGAGCAACGCCAAUGCGAAUCUUACGCCCAGCAAAGCCAAGAUGCGCUUCAUUACUAUCACGGCUCUGGCAGCUCUGGUCCAGCUGCAGCACGCUGUUGCUGAAGACUGGACGCAAAAGCUUCUGUUCCACGGGACGUCGCUCAUCCUGCGUCCCGACUAUAUCAGCCACAGAGCUGCCAAUCACACGGCAACGGCGGCAAAUUUCUAUUCCUACUUCGGCCAGACUGGAUACAUCAGUUUCGGAUGGUGGCUACCAGCCACAGCAGAUGCGGACUCUAGUCCCUGCCACCCAGACAACGAGCAAUUCGACUGGUUCGAGUACACGGUCUCGAAGAUCGACUGUACCAGCACCAGGUGCCGCGCACACAUGGUGAACUGGGACAAUGUUCCCAAGCCCGAGAAGCCGUUCUUCGAAGAAGACUACGUCUUCCAGACGGUCAACUCAUUGGACGACGACGCGGGUCGCUUCCACCUGGGCUUCUUCGACCGGGAGGGUGGGGCUCUGGCGGUGGGCACGGCACGCCCUCUGAGCUUCGGGGACGAGACGGAGCAGGAAUGCCGCAAGGCCUUGCGUAUGCUUCGCCGCGUGCAGGCCACGCGAGGCAUCGAGCUGCCGUUCGAGCUCUCGGAUGUAUGCGGAACGGCUGCCAUGUCCAACGCAGGGGUUGAAGGUCAAUCUGCACAGAAGCCGCUAGCGCUGCCAUGGGUAGGCUGAAACGGCGUUGGCGGGGGAGGAUUGGGAUCUACGGAGAUGCUCACCCUGCAUGUCGAGAGUGCUAGCCAUUGGCCCUAUUGUGUCCGUAGAUCCUUUAUACAAAGAUGCAUGUGGGGUCCGCCCCACGUGGCAGGAGC